GGCGCGUCGCUUUCGUCUUUCUCUCCGUCGAUGAGCGACCUCGAAUCCGCGCAGCGUGCGUCAGUGACGACCUUGCGCAAGCUGCUCAGACUCUUCCUCAGCAACGACGACAAUGGCUUGUCGAUUGGGCUGCAUUCGCCCUCCACCCUAAUACGGCCGCAACGCGAUAAUGUUAUCAGCCUCUUUGAGCGGAAUAUGCGGAAUAUGUAUGAAUCCACUGGAGGAUAUGAUGCUCAAGCGAAGAGAGAAGAGCUAUUCAACGCAGCAUCGCGCUUUCUUGUCGUGCCGCCACUUGAGCCGAAUCAAGAGCUGCAAGGCUAUGUCAUGUUCCGCUUCGAUACCGAAGAAUCACUGCGCGCAUCGAGAGUAUACUCGGUCGUGUAUUGUUAUGAGCUUCAAGUCGCCGUAAGACGACAAGGCAUUGGACAGCGCCUCAUGGCAUUGCUUGAGCAAUAUGCGAAGCACUACAGACUGCAAAAGGUCAUGUUGACUGUGUUCAAGAUCAACGUGGACGCUCUUGCUUUCUAUCGCAGUCUGGGAUAUCAAGAGGACGAGAUCUGUCCACGACACGAGAACUAUCUCAUCCUCAGCAAGCGCAUGCAAUCGACAUGAAGCAUGCAACGGACAACAAGGGUCAACAAAGAGCCUGCAAUAGAGCUAGAAAUGCUCUUUGUGCAGCGUAAAGCGGACCGACUUGCCUGACGCCUUUCUGGUCUCGCUCUGCAGCACUUUCGCCAUGCCUGACGAGCCGC